AUGACCCUAACAGCCUCAAUCACUAUCACGGAGCCCCCCGUGCUACAAAACAUCCACCAUAUCAAUGGAAAGCUCUUUGGGCGAUCCAAAAAGGCUUUCCCAGCAGUAUGGAUGCGAUCAGGCACUUCAAAGGGACUCUUCAUCCACCGAAAAGACCUUCCAGCGUCGACCAAACUUUGGGAACCCAUUCUGGUAUCAGCUAUGGGCUCUGAAGGUGGAAAUGCAAAACAGAUUGACGGGGUUGGUGGCGCUACAUCUACGACAUCAAAGGUAGCAGUCGUUGCGAAGUCGCAAGACCCCAAUGUUGAUGUCGAAUACACAUUCAUCCAAGUAGCGCCUGAUCAAGCCAAGAUUGACAUGUCUGGGAAUUGUGGCAAUAUCGCCUCUGGUGUUGGGCCUUUUGCGCUUGAUGAGGGCAUUGUAAGGGCGAUUCCGGAACAGACAGAGAUUGAUAUUCGAAUCCUCAACACAAACACUAGACAGACUCUAGUGGAAACAGUCCAAGUAGCUCCCGAUGGAGGUUUCCAGGAAGAAGGCGACUUUCGUAUUCCCGGUGUCCAAGGCACGUCGAGCCCUAUCAAAGUCGCUUUUCUCAACCCAGGAGGCAGCAUGACAGGUCGAAUGCUUCCUAGCGGGGCAACACAGGAAAUCCUGACUGUUGAUUCACCAUCCGUGGGAAAGUUUGAUGUGCGAGUUAGUCUGGUUGACGCUGCGAAUCCCUUUGUCCUGGUUGAUUCAUCUUCGAUUUCCAUUACAGGUCACCCCUCAUGGCCUGACGCAAACGAUACGAAAUUUGUUUCCGUUGUCGAAGAUAUUCGCCGUACAGGCGCUGUGCGGUUCGGGCUGGCCGCGGAUAUAGAGACAGCGGGCCUAGUGCGAGGGACUCCAAAGAUUGCUUUUUUGUCUCCGACGGCUGAAGAUGACAAGGAGGCAGAUCUUACGGUUCUUGCUUUUACUAUGGGUAAGCCCCAUGCAAGUCUUCAGUUAACUGGUGCUGUAUGUCUCGGAGCGGCUGCAUCGGUUCAUGGAACUGUUGCGUGGGAUAUAACUGGGAGGAAAGGAAUGGAUAGAGUGCCGAAGCAUGGGAUGUCUUUGAACGGACAUGAUAUUGCAUCGCCGUUGCCAAUUGGCAUUCGUCACUCUGCUGGGGUGAUAUUUGUGGAGACGAUGCUGGGAAUGGACCAUGAAGGCGAAAUGAAUGUGGAAAAGGUGGCUGUCUUUCGAACGGCACGUCGGCUUUUUGAAGGAAAUGUAUUCUACCGAGCAUAG